AUGUAUCAGCUCCCCAAGAAACUUGGAUGCAUACGACAACUUAUCUUCAAGAGAUGGAACUCGGACUUUUUGCCAAAGUGGGUUGAGUCUGAUAUGCAGACCAAGCUGAAGUCCAGAUUUAAAGGCUACUGUAUUCCAAUUCGGUCCGAACAGGAUAUCCAGCCGGCUUUAAACCAACUUUUGCAACUACAUAAAAAGAUUGGCAAGGCUACACAUCCGGCAAUGUAUGCAUGGAAGAUUGUGGACUCUAACAGUAUGAAAGUGGACACCUGUUCAAUGUCAAAAAGAGAAAAGCACAGCAGGUCUAGUUCGGAAAAAUGCAAGCUUAAAACAGAGAAUAAGGAAAGGCAGAUGUGCGUCAUCAGGCAUCCUCGGAACCUUAGAAUUGGUCAUAAUGAUUGUAAGGAGCCCGGAUCUGGAGAUAGACUUAUGGGUCUAUUGGAUAGACUGCGAUUGGUUAAUGUGCUAGUAGCAGUUACACGAUGGUACGGAGGAAAGCUUCUAGGACCUUCUAGAUUCCGAUGUAUCAGCGACUCGGCACUGGAUGCACUACAGAAAGCAGGAUACGCUGGAAUUGGUACGGAUAAAAAUUCAUGGCUUGAUGUUUACAUGAUUGCCAAACUGAACAGCCAGAAAUGA